AUGCACCUCAGCUGCAGGGGCGCCUCUUUGGGUGGGCGGCAGGCCCUCAGGACCCAGCGGAAGAAGCAACAGGCAGGGGCCCUAAGCGAGUACAGGGAGAAGCUGCAGGCCCUGUCGAGGCCCGAAAAGGUCGUGCGGAUUGACCUGAAUGGGAAGGAGAAGAAAACGGCCAAGUACUUUUUCGAAAGGGACAAGUAUGUGUACGUGCGGAGCAAGGCGGAGAUUGAGCGGCUCGAGCGGGGGGCGCCAUUAGCGGGGUUAGCGGCGAGACCGACAUUAGCGGCGAGACCGGCCAUAACCGCUGCUAAUGCCGCUAAUGCCGCUGCCCCCCCCGCGAGGGAGCGACGGCGGCGCAGGUCGGAGAAGGCCCUGCGAGACGCGUACGACCUGUCCCAGGAAGAGCUGCUCUACAUGAAGUUCGUGGAAAAAAUAAAAAUGAAAAACAUCUUCGCCCUCCUGAAUAACAUAAAAAAAAAUAAGUACAUGGGGAAUAAGCAGAGAGAAACCAUCCUGAGCUGCAUCUACAAAUACGCAAGUCACAACUGCUAUGGGAUGACCAAGACGCACUUCUUCUUCUUCCUGUACGUUUUUCCCCAGCAAUUAAAAUAUGCCUGCAGAGCAAGGCACUACUUGAGGAGCCUCCUGGACAAGGACCAAAUGACUCUCACCCAGUGUCUCAGAUUGAUAGGCGAAACGAAUCUGUUCCAUUUGAACUGCCAUCUUAGGGGUCACUACGUCCGCUUCCUACUUAGGAAUGCCCACAAGAUUAGCUUGCCACAGAUUUUGAGUCUUCUAUCUACGGGCUCCUACCUCUUCGCCAUCACCCCGGAUUUCAAAACGGAGGAGGACCAUCUAGACCAACUCCUAAAAAAGAAGCUCAUUCAAAUUGUAAAGGGGAUGGAGAGGGUUCCCCUUGAGGGGGACCUAAAAUGGGACUACCUACGCUACAUGGAAUGGUGUGCCCGUGGGGAAAACACCUUCCUGCAGCUUCUCCUUAACGAGCUGUCUGUUCACCUGCACAGGAGGGUAUUCAUCGACAAUGUGGAGGUCCUAAAGAGGAACCACGAGCAUGAGUACCUGCAGAGGGUCCUAACCCUGGGGAGGUACAGCCUCCACAUAAACCACUUAAAUGUUUUGGUGCUAGGCAAAGAUGAGGGGUGCUUCCCAGAGAAGACCACCAAGGGGGAGACCGCCAAGGUGAAGGUCUUCCCGUCGUACAUUGCGUGGCAGGGAGGGGGAGAAAAAUCUGCUUGCGAUGUGCAGGAGGAGAAUCAGCCAAGCAGGCAUGGUUAUGUAAGGGCCGCCCUCCCGCCUGACAACCCCGCGAGGACGAACCAGACUGCCCCCAAACGAACGCGGGAAAGCAACACCUUGAGGAACAUGAAGGUGGCCUUCUCCUUCUCGGACCCAAUGGAAAAGCUAAAAAGCAGUCGAUACGAGGAGCUGAAGCAGGUGUAUCAAAUCAACACCAAAGUUACAGACAGAAAUGUUAAGAUGCUCCUGAGGUUUGUUCGGAUGGUACAUCACCACAAUAAUGCAUCCCCUUUGGAGAAGCUCCUCUGCAGGGAUAAUCUCCCUCAAAUUGUGUCUGAUCUGAGGAGGGAGCGGGAGAACCCACCCUUCGGUGGUGAACGUAUGUGUAGGACUGGCUAUAAAGAGAACUCCCCUCUUUGGAGACUCACCCGCUGGUGGGCCUCCGACCAGGAGAUCAGCUCGCCAGGCAAACGGGUACCCUUUUUGCACAACCUAUUCGGGCACACCAAUGGGGGAGCGCUUCCACCCCAGGAGAGGCCACUCCUCCCGUGUAAAAUAACCCCAUCGGGUGAAGCGACUGUAUUGGCAGACCCUAAAAUGAAGCAAGAAAACGAAGGGGUGAAGAGGAGCCAAAGCCAGGAAGAGAGACCCCCUAACGUUUGCCAUCCGUCUAACUCUAGCCCAGCUGAGAACCUUCCUCCCCCCCCUCAAGCAAAGGACCCCAUCGUGAGCAGCGUCUACUUCGCCGCUCAGCAUGACAAAAGAUAUUUCUACAAAUCGCAGCUGAACUGUCUCGCCAAGUGCUUGCUUUAUGUGAGCGACUCGUUUGGGCAAUUCGUUCAGAAGGAGGGGCCCCUUUUGAGGGAAGCGGAAAAAACCUUUUACGAAAUCUUCUCCUACGUCAUGAAGAACCUGUUCCUUGUGAACUUGCCCAACUGGUUCUACGUCUUCGUCGCGGUGUGCAAGUUCGGCGGGGCGGCAGGGGGAGCGGCGGGGGGAGCAGCCGCAGCAGGAGACACACCACCCAGGGACCGAAUGGGGAACCUCCUCCAGAUCGUGCACACCGUGCGGGCGUACCGCUACCAGGAGGUGCGCGCCAUCGUGCAGGAAGAAGAUACUCGACGCUGCCUGCAAAUUGGGGACCCGCCCCUUCCAGAGGGUCGGCUCCCAGCCGAGCACACCCCCAACUACGACACUCUCCACAGAAUCAUUCUGAGCAAGUUUAGGAUAGACGAUGGUCCGGUUAGCAGCGAAGAGGGGGAGGCACCGCUUGUUACGCGGGGGACUCAUCACUUUAGAAAGACAGCCGAGGCAACGUCUCCUUCAGCGAAGCAAAAUCACGAAGUGGCCAAUUCGGCUCACAUGAUAACUUCGCAGAGCGGCGUUAACUUCCUCCUGACCAUGCUGUCCUGCUACCUUGACGGCGCGCCCUUCCAGACGAAGCACUUCCUAAUCGUCCUCUACCACUUGAACGUUUCCAUUUGGAGAGACGCUGCAGUGAAGACCCACCUCGAGACGAGGCUACACAGGAAUAGUAGAAAGUUUCGGAACAGGUACUUCUAUGUGCAUACGGGGUGUGGGGGGGAUAAGCCAAUGCUGGACAAGUCGCUCGUUGCGAGAGUGCGGGCCGCCUGCUUGGUGCUCAGAGGGGGGCGCGCCUCCCCGAAUUACUCCCAACCGGAUGGCCACCCGAAUUACUCCCAACCGCUUGACCCCCCGAAUUACACCCAACCGGAUGGCCACCCGAAUUACUUCCAACCGCUUGACCUGUACGCCCAGAUGGAGAAGCUGCUGCGGAGGAACCAACACCGCUUUACCCUGGACGACAUGCUCACCUUCAUCGCCACGUACAGCCUGAACGGCCUCUACCACUCCACCGUCUACUACUCCAUCUCAAAGUGGCUGCUCCGACACGACUUGGCAUCUCUCCCCGAUGAGACGAAGAUAUUUUUAUUCAUCCUCUUCAGCCGCUGCCCACAUGUGUACAAGCCUCUGCAGCUGCAUUUACUUCAUCUGGUGUUCCAAAUUGGGGAAGUCAGCCGGCAGAGCGGCCUCCCCCUCCUGUGCGCCCUCAUCCACACGAUGAUCACCCACCAUCACCGCGAAGAUCACCGCGCGAGCAGCGUAAGGGUAAAGCACAUCCGCUAUGUUGCGAGAAAAUUUGGAAGAAUUCACUGGCCCUACUUUUUCCCCCUCGAGUUGUUCCUACAGAAGAGUGCACAGGAGAUUGCCUCCAGGAGGGUACUCACCUUGGAGAGUGGCUCCCUGGGCGGCAGGAGGCACAGCCCCGGAGGGAACGCCACAAGGAUUGCCACAAAAGCGACUUCCUCAAACGGGGCUACCAGAAGGACCACCGCAAAUGUGACUACCGCCACUCGCGAAAGAACAAACCCAACGGAUCUCUCUCCCAACGUUGACGCGUUUAAUUUGGAGGACCAUUUGAAGGCCAUGCUUCCACACAUUGUUAAGCAGUUAGAAAAACGUUCAGUUGGGGGGCAGGAUCCACGGAUCAAUUCCGCCCAUGGACUGAUGUUAACACCUCCCCCUGCAGACCUCCACCCCUUGGAAGACAGCACUCAGAGGGAAGUGCUCCAAAAUUGCAAAAAUUUCCUCUCGUACCAUUUCGUGCAAAGGCACUUUUUGGUAAGCAGGGGGUCGCUGUACUAUGCCAUCCUAGAGCACUUCAAAGAGGGGGAGGGGAAAAAACGCUUUCACGAUUCCCACACACAUACACACGGGUGA